AUGGCUACCGCAGUUGCAUCUUUGUUUGGAUACAAAUCUUUCAUCGCAGCAGAAACAAAGCUUUCGAUUGAGCCCCGAAAAGCCCUCCCAGCUUCUUGGUAUCGCUCUCCGGAGCUGUAUGAGUUAGAACGAAGAGCCAUCUUUUCAAAAAAAUGGUUAUUAAUCACACACAAGUUGCGCUUCAUCAAACCCGGCGACUUCCUUCGGUUUGAGGAAGCUGGCUUCGCGUUUGUGUUGUGCCUCGAUCGACAGGGAAGCUUGAACGGUUUCCACAAUAUUUGCCGUCAUCGUGCCUUCCCCCUCAUCAACGAGGACGAGGGUAAUGCUAAGAUUUUUUCUUGCAAGUACCAUGGGUGGUCGUACGGCCUGAACGGAAAACUUGCCAAAGCGCCGAAGUUUGACGAUGUCCCGGGGUUCCAGAAAGAGAACCAGAGACUGUUCCCUGUCCACGUGCAUAUUGAUGAAUUGGGCUUCAUCUGGGUCAACCUCGAUUCUUCUCUGAAUCCAGUUCCCUGGGAAGAGGAUUUCAAAGGUGUCGACACACAAGAGCGAUUCCAGAAAUUCGAUUUUAGCCAGUACGUAUUUGACCAUACAUGGCAUAUGAAUGGCGAAUAUAACUGGAAAACGCUGGCGGACAACUACAAUGAAUGCUACCAUUGCACUGUUGCACAUCCCGAUGUGGCGAAUCUGGCCGAUUUGACUUAUUACUAUACCGUUUCUACACCUGGCCACAUUCAACACUUUUCCCGACCGAAGCAGGACAAGGUGGAUGAGGAUAUCCAGAACGCCAGCACCUAUUACUUUCCCAAUGCUUGCAUGACAGUCUCGCCUCAUUUCUUCUACAUGAUGCGAUGCGUCCCAACAUCUGCAGGAACAUCCUCCAUGGAAUACGAGGUCUACCGACACAAAGAGGCCUCAGAUGAGGACUUUGAACACAUUGACUCCUUUUUCAAGAGAGUCCUGGACGAGGACAAGCACCUCUGUAAUGCUGCCCAGAAGAACUUGAACGCUGGGGUGUUUGUCAAUGGCCAACUCCACCCUAACCUGGAGAGUGCGCCGCUGUUUUUCCAAAGUACUGUCAGAUCCCUACUCACAAGGCAUCGAGACGAGGAGCGAAAGCAGGAAAGGGAGAUUUGGCCAGCGCGGCAGCAUUCAGCAGGCCAGGCUACUGCAGAGGACAUUGAUUUUUGUUCAGGGCUAGCAUGCUCACCGGAUGGGUCUGGUGAACUGGACUGGUAG